AAUGGGUGCAAAUAGACUGUCCGGUGUCGUUAGCAAAAUUUUAGGUAAGGUUUUUGCAAAUAAUCUUGCGAAAAUCACUACUAUUACCGGAGCAGGGAAAGAUAUUGAAGUUGCUUUAAAGGAUGCGCCAAUUUACCAAGUUAUAAGAGAAUCGGUGAGGUUAACUAAGGGCUACAGUUCAUCGACGGACCACGAAAUUGGAAAUUCCGUUGCCGUUUGGUUGAAAGGUGCUGACGAUAGAGACGGCGGACGAGAAGUGAGACGAAAAAAUGAUCACGUCAAAUCGAACAAAAAGAAGACGACGAAAGGAGGAAGUAACAUCUCUUCUCCAUAAUAUCGAUUGUUCCACUGCAUCAACAAUUCCAAUGUCCACAUCGUAUCUGACAGGCGAAUCAGUGUUAGAAUCUCCUAUAGUUGGUUUUGGAUCUAAUAAUUUAGAACAGUCACCGAGAUCAGAGAGUAACAGUUUUAGCUUUACC